AUGGAGACGGUGGAGGAGGACGUGGAGGAGUACAGCUGGCGGGAGGUGGUGCUGCCGCAUCUCGUCCCCGUGGUCCCCGACGGCGCGCCGCCGGAGCUCGAGCGGGAGACCGGGGAGCGGCGCCGCGGCAGGGACCUCCUCGUCGCCGUCGACUUCGGCCCGAACUCCAAGCACGCCUUCGACUGGGCGCUCGCGCACAUCGCGCGCAUGGCCGACACGGUCCACCUCGUCCACGCCGUGUCCAGUGUGCAAAAUGAGAUUGUGUAUGAUAAAAGUCGGGAGCUGAUGGAGGAUUUAGCCGUUGAGACAUUCAAGACGUUACUGGUCCGAAGCAAGGCCAGAAUUGUUGAAGGAGAUGCUGGAAAAGUUAUUUGCCGAGAAGCAGAUCGACUGAAGCCCGCUGCUGUCAUUCUUGGUACACGUGGUAGAGGCCUUAUUCAAAGUGUGUUGCAGGGAAGUGUCAGUGAGUAUUGCUUCCACAACUGUAAAGCAGCACCAAUUAUCAUUGUGCCUGGCAAAGAAGCUGGUGAACAGUCUGUGCUUUGA